AAAACGCACUGCGUGUGCCUGCAUCGGAUCACAUGGUACAAAAUGAUCAUGCGAUCCAGUUUCAGUGCACUUUAACCCUAGGUUCACAUCUAUGCGGGUGGUGCCGCUGCGGAUCUGCACGAAAAUCCGUGCAGGCACACCACCCGCACAGAGGAAUGUGGACCCGCGGGCGGGUGCCAUUAGUUCUAAUGGCACGCCACCCGCACUGGAAAACCGCAACCGUACUGGGAACCGAGGUUCCUGUGCAGGCUGCGAUUUCCCAAGAGGUGCAGGAACUUCUUCCCUGUGUGUCCUGGAGCACGGGAGUCCAUUCAAAUGAAUGGGCUCUCAUCCCCGAGCAAAAUGCGGCCCGCACGGCCACAUAUAUGUGAACCGGGGGUCAGUGU